AUUUGAAGUUCACAAGUGUGGUAAAUCUGAAAGUAAUGAAAGAAAUAGAAACUUUGUUAUGAAUCUAGGUUAUGUUAAUCUUGUAUUAUCGUUGUUUAAUGUUUGGUUGCACUGUAUUAUCAUCGUAACAAGACAAAAGUAAAUAUUUUCCUUGUCAAUGUUUUUCAAAGCGUGAGAAUAGGAUGGUACUAUCUGGUGCAAUAGUAACUUUCCCGCCCUCUUGCUUGGUAUAUUAUUGAACUAGUGCUGGUCUCACAACCACUGAGGACACAUCUGCAACCCUUAUUAUCUCCAGACAGAUUUUCCAACAUUAUUUAUUCAAUCGCAUGCCUGAUUUGUAGGACUGACAUUAAUAAUUGGUUGUGCACUGUAACUGCAAUAUGGGGAGGUAUAAAAAGGGCAAAAAACUUGUCAGAGCCGAUAUGUGGGCAAAAGCAGGUGGGAUAGAUGCGGUCGCAGAGGAGUUGAUGAAAGCUGAUAUUUGCAACGAAAAUACAGAAUAUUCUUCAGAAAUAUGGUCCCAGUUGUCCAAGACUUUAUUUCAUGAAGACAAUCCUAAAAAUCGUCUCUGGUUAUGGGUGACUUGGACACAGAACCGCCAAGGAUUGAGAGACAGAAUAAAUAUGGCCACAGGAGAAAGCAACGUGAUUACUCCAAUUCUGCCCAAUCCAGUGAAACAAGACAUGGAGCCACAAAAGCAAGUGAUGCCACAUUCUGUGUGCUUCAUUGAGCCCCCCGAAGUGUUGUGGAACCCUGAUGAAGACCCAUCUGCUGUUGAUGAGGAUGAAAAGAUUGUGUCUGUAUAUUCAAGGAGGCCUGAUGACACUGAACCCACUGGGACUGGGAAUACAGGAGAUAAAACUGAUGAAAAUGUAAAGAACUUGCACAAACGUUAUCUUCUGAAGCAAAUGGAUCUUCUGGACAUGAACAUGGAGUACAAAAGACUCAAGAUAAGGAAGCUGGAGCUGGAAAUCAAGACACUAGAGAAAGAUGCAACUUCAACUUUUAAAUAAACUCCAUUUGAGAA